AUGGCUGUUUAUUCACCACCAAAUGACGAUGACGACAAUGAUGUUUCUAAAUCGGCAAAAGAGACGCCUCAGAAGACAGAACGUUUCUAUAUACGGCCCAGUUUAGGCCUCAAGUUAUGGGGUCCAUUCGUACCUGCUUCUGAUAACCGUAAGGGUCUUUGGACUCUGGUAGGGGUUCAGACAGCCUUGGGUUUACUUUGUUUCUAUCGAUUUCGUAAAUUAGUGAACCGUUCUUUGAUAACAGCUGCUAAUAAAGCUAAACCAGAAGGGAAAGUGUUUAAUACGGUGAAAAAUAUUGCGGAUAUUCCUACUUUAAAUAGAUUUUCGACUACUCAUAAAGUACUUGUGAUGAACAAUGUUCCAGUGGCUCAAAAGACCGCCACUAAUGGGGGAACAAAUGGGAAAAGUAGAUUUAAUAUGUUAAGAAAGGUACUAUAUCUAAUAUCGGGUACUGCCCUUUUAUCUCAAUCAAUGCUGGAAUUUUGUCGUCUGAAAGUAUUAACAUAUGACCCUUGGUAUGAAGAAGCUCGAACAGCAAGGGAUAAAAAAUUCUUUAACGAUAUUAUGAGGUUUUACCAUGAGGGGAUAGAUCCAAAUGAAGUGAAGGUUAAAGAUGUUACCAGUGGGAACAUCAUGUCUACUAAUAUUCCAGAAGUGAGACAAAGUAUAGCUUUAGUACGCGCACAAGCAGAGUCUCAAAACCCAAUUAUCAGAUGGUAUGGUCCCAUCGAAUUUAAACCGAUGUCCUUCAGUGAUUAUUUAGAUCAAAUAGAAUACUACCUAGAGAUGAAUGACAUAUUGAUAAAAAAGAAACAAUUUAAGAAAAAGUCAUCAACGCCGGCAGAUACAAAUAAUUCAAGUGGACCUGUAUCUUUAUUAAGUUUAAUAUCACAUACGGAGGAAGAGUAUCAAGAAAUUAAAAAACAAAAUAAGAAGAUUAAUGAUGAAAUAUUAAAUAACAAAUUAAACAUUACUCAGCCAGAAAAUCAAGAGGUAAGCGAUUUGGAACCUAAUUCAUCGGCUACCUCUCCCCCGGUACCUGAAUAUCAGAGAAAGACUCCCACUUCAGAUCUAACGGUACCAAUAAGAGGUAUAAUUUUAGAUCCAAAAUUGACAGAUCCUCAACAAAUUAAUCUAGAUGAGGUGUGGAACUUUUACGAUCCAUGGAUGAGUCUAGGUCUCGAAACUUCCUUGAGUAUUAAAUUUAUUCCAACUGUCUUAGAAAGAAGCCCGAUGGAUGAACUGGUUUCUAAUGAAGCACUCGACACCACAGAAGAUCACCCAAUGGACUCCGAAAAUGAUGUAUAA